AUGCUGUGUCAGGCACUUCGCAGAUUUGGUCAAAAGCUGGUACAGAAACGUAAACUGGAGAAGCCAGAGGCUACAAAUAAGCAAUCCAGAAGCCUGAACACUGUGGAAUUAAUGGUCCUGGGUUUGGACUACAUACUAGAUAUAAGUGUGUAUUUCCUGGCUGGUGAGGUAGCUAGAGAUAUAGCAGGACCAUCUACUGUGAUCUGCUUUUUGGUGGCCGGCCUAGUUUCAGUGUUGGCUGGACUGUGCUAUGCAGAGAUUAGUGCCCAGGUUCCACACUCUGGCUUUUCAUAUCUCUACACUUAUGUCACUGUAGGUGAACUUGGGGCUUUUGUCACUGGCUGGAACCUCAUCCUCUCCUUUGUUGCCUAUACAGCUCUCGUGAUCCAGGCCUGGACCUUAGCUUUGGACAAUCUGUUUGGGAACCAAAUCUCUCAGGCCCUGACUGAGAGCAUUUCAUUGCAUGUUUACCGUGUUUUUGCAAAAAUUCUAGGCUUCUUUGCCAUGGGCCUGGUGUUGUUGCUAAUAGAAUUGCUGACUCUGAACAUUAGGCAGCUUUUUUUGGUUUCUAAAGUGGUCACAGUGGUGAACCUUUUGGUUGUCAGUUUUGUCAUCAUCUCUGGCUUCAUGAAGGGGGACCUGCACAACUGGAAGCUCACAGAAGAGGACUACAUAAAGGCUGGACUCAAUGAGACAUCUAGCCUGGGUUCUCUGGGCUCCGGAGGAUUCAUGCCUUUUGGCUUCCAGGGGAUUCUCCGUGGAUCAGCUACCUGCUUCUAUGUAUUUAUAGGUUUUGGAUAUAUUGUUGACAUAGUAAAAAGAACCCAGAAUCCCAAGCGUUCCAUCUCCAUGGGUAUUGUGAUUUCAUUGCUCAUCUGUUUUUUGGUGUAUUUUGGUGUCUCUGUGGCACUGACUCUUAUGGUGCCUUACUACCAGCUCCGACCUGGAAGCACCUUGCCUGAGGUAUUUGUUCAUAUAGGAUGGGCCCCUGCUUACUAUGCUGUAGCUUUUGGAUUCCUCUGUAGUCUUUCUGCAAGCUUCUUGGGCUAUAUGUUCCCCAUAAGUCAGGCUAUAUAUGUGAUGGCACAGGAUGGCCUCCUCUUUCCUGUCCUUGCCAGAAUCAGAACUGGCACAUGUGCCCCCAUCAUGGGUACCAUGAUCUUUGGCAUUACUGUAGCAAUCAUGACAUUCUUCUUUGGACUCACUGAUCUUGUGGACCUCAUGUCACUUGGGGCCCUGCUAGAUUACUCCCUGGUGGCUUUUUAUGUUCUCAUCCUCAGAUAUCAGCCUGAGAUGGAGAGUGGAGGAAAUGAAGCACAGGUGCAGGAGGAGAAUGGAUCUGCAACAGAGAAGCUCACUCUACACCGAAUAUUUUUUCCAGACAGCUCCACCCCCACUCCACUCUCUGGCCAGGUUGUCUCUGUUUGCUCCUCACUGCUUGCUCUAUUGCUGACUCUGCUCUGCCUGGUCCUGGUGCUGACCCAGUGGCCAGGUCUGCUUUCUGGAGACCCAGUGUGGAUCACAGUGGUUGUGCUGCUCCUGGUGCUCAUCACUGGGAUCACUGGGGUCAUCUGGAGACAGCCACAGAGCUCCUCUCCCCUUCACUUUAAGGUACCUGGUCUGCCUCUCCUCCCACUCCUGAGCAUCUUUGUGAAUGUUUGUCUUAUGAUGCAGAUGACAGCUGUCACCUGGGCCCUACUUGGUGUUUGGAUGCUGAUUGGGUUUGCUCUCUACUUUGCCUACGGGAUCCACUAUAGCCUGGUCUCUAACCAUACUUAA